CUCCAUCCCCUCUUCCGGAGAAGCGAACGGGGGUGUCAUGGAGACGGAUGAUGCAGGAAACCGGGUUCGGUUCCAGUUGGAGCUGGAAUUCGUGCAGUGCCUGGCAAACCCCAAUUACCUAAACUUUCUUGCCCAGAGAGGAUACUUCAAAGACAAAGCAUUUGUAAACUAUCUAAAGUACCUGCUAUACUGGAAGGAGCCAGAAUUCGCCAAAUACCUGAAGUACCCUCAGUGUUUGCACAUGUUGGAGCUACUCCAGUACGAGCACUUCCGGAAAGAACUGGUGAACGCUCAGUGUGCCAAGUUCAUCGACGAGCAGCAGAUUCUCCACUGGCAGCACUACUCCCGCAAGCGGAUGCGCCUUCAGCAGGCGCUGGCAGAUCAGCAGCAGCAACAAAACAGUGCCUCCAUCAAGUGAGCCCCUUGACUGGAUACAAAAUUGGGCUGGAUGAGUUUCCACGGACAAGCAGUUUCUCUUCCUCUUUCCACUGUCAGGGAAGGGCAGCUGUAGGAGCUUAUCAGCUUGACAAAGACUGGACUGCUGGCUUCUGCCCGUGUGUAUAAAGUGCAUUAGUAAAAGGUGCUCAGCCCUUUGGUAUAGCAGAAGGGGGUGGGCAUGUGUUUGAAGUAGAGGCAGCUUUUAUGAGUUUUUCAUAUGCUUAUUUUGUGGGUGAUGGUAGAUCAAAGCUGGGAAAACCUAAUGGCUUUGAAUUAUUAAAUCCAUAGGAAAAUAAGAGGUCCGCUUUGGGGGUACAUCUUCCCAUAACUAGCAGUGGUAUUGCACUCAAAGCAGUUCUGAGAUCCAGACUGAUUGAAUGCACUGGCCUCAGAAAUACCUGCAUAUUGGUCUGUCAGAUUUGUCAGGUGGAAAGGUGAUCAUGUGAUAGACAAGAAGAAACCAUGUUCGUUCUCUUUCCCAUUUCUUCCCCCUAGAGAGCUUCAGAAUUUGAACUUGCUUAGUCAGUAAUGUUGUUUCCUCAUGCAGUUCUGGCAGCUUGAAUAACUUUCUGGCAAAACCAGUUUCUUUUAGGGCAGGGGCCCUUGCUUGAUGCAAUGUAAAUUUGAAAGGGAAGCAAAUGUGCUAAUGUUGGGUGAACACCCAGACAGCAAGGGGUAAGCGAUUUACCCUUGGUUGGUUUUGUCAUGACA